UGUACAUGACAAUUGAGGAUCUUGAAAAUGAAGCGACACUAAUUGUGAUGGGGAAAGCAGCUGAGCAACUCUUCGGCAACAGCUGUCAAGAAUUAAUGAACAGAAGACAAUAUCCAACAAGACAGACACUGCCAAAGGAAAUCGAGGAUACGAUUGGCCAACAUCACCUCUUUCAGAUCGAGCCAAGGUCUAACAGCGAGCUUAUUGUGAAGGCCAUCUUUCCUGAUCCAGAGGAUCCUGUAGGAGUAGCUACCCCAGAUCGUUCUACCUCAGAAAAAAAAAAGAGAACAGUAGAAACAAGCAAAAAAGCACUCUUCAUUGGUGAACCAGAAAAGAAAAGCAAAAGGGAAUCCCGGCAUGAAAGAACUACAUCACCAUCACCGGGAACUGAAGAAGAUCAGACAAAAAAAAAGUGAAUGAAUAACCGCUCAACUACUAUGCAUCUGUAACAUAUAGUACAUCAAGUUAUUUAGAGCUGUGCUGGCGACUUUUUUGUGUACAAUUGUAGUCAGCGAAUCAACUGGAAAGCAUGCAGCUGGAACAAUUAAU